UUGGGAGUUGUUUCUCACCUCUGUCUCCUGGCAGCUUCCCAGAUUUGGCUCCCUCCCUGGAACACGGAGGCCAUAGAUAUCACAUGAGCACCCCUGUAUUUGCUUUGGUGGUGCCAUAUGUUGCUUUACUUAUACUCAGUGCUUGUACAGCAACCUACCCAUAAAGAUUUGAAAAAGAAAGGCCUCCAAAGUGUCUUGUCAAGGUGGCAACACAAACCCUACCUUGUGCAGAGAGGAUAAUUUGAUCACUUGAGUAAUUAUGAAGGGAAAAUGAUGAGAAGGUUUACACCAAAAGAGCAUUUAUCUCAAUAUCACACAGUGAACACAGUGAGGGCCUCACUUAAAUUUUGAUACCAUAUGAGACCAUUUGACUCUGUAACCUUGCAGAAAAGUACCAUGCCCAAAAUUAUAACCCUGUUUCUCUAUAGCAAAAAUGCUUUGCCUGCUAACCUUCCUCAGCUAUGGACUAGACAUCCAAAAACAAGUCGCAGAAGAACCACUGAGAUCUGCACCAGGUUCCCUGAGAUUCCUCAGGCCAGGUUUCGUUGCAAUGGGGCCAACAUGACUUAAGAGUGUUAAGGCACCUACACUGCAGUAACAUGGUAUUUCCACAGGCCUUGGUCUUAUUCCUGGAUUUCCCUGGUUCAGCCCCUGGAGAAGUCAUGAGCAGAAGCUCUGUCAGUAGAUGGUACAGAUGUAGGCAAUUGCAUUUCUAAGGUUUUGAAAAUGAGAUUUACUGCUCCCAGCCCUGGCAUUGACUAAAAGGGAUUGAUUCACAUGGAAAAUCCGUAACAGUGGACAAGCUGCUUCACUUCUACAGCCAAAUAUUUUGAUUGCUGACAGUUGUGGGGAACUGAGAAAAACAGCUGACACACGGAGACCAGAAUAACUCUGUGAUGCAGGUUAUAGGGUAAAGGGAUCCCUGAACAAAAAGCAUGCAGGAACAGCUUUCCCAGGCAUGCACUUGACUGCUCUAUUACAGAGACAACACUUUUUCUUCCACCCCCAAAUCUGCUGCAGUUGUCCUGCAGAAAACCUGUACAAAGGUCCCUCUGCAUGCUCACUGUUGAUUUAUCCCAUCCCAGAUCAGGCAGCCACCCACUUCCACUCCUAGAAUUGCAGCAGAGUUCCCAGAAGCCUCAGCUUGUCAUAUUCAGUGCAUCUCCUGCAGCUCUGGUCCUUGCCCUUCCUGUCUCAGCCCAGACUCUGAUUUUUCAUCCUCUUUUAUUUGUCUCCAACUCGUCUCUGUGUGCUCCUACCCACACAUGCUGCUCUGCUCAGAGAUGCAGGCAAGGACGAUUCAAACACAGCUCCACACACGCUUCCCCCACCCACAGCAAGUGGUUUACAAACCAGGUGGAGCUGAGCGGUUACUAUGAAGCUGAGAACACCACCCCUUCUUUGGAGGGCUACUUUUGCUUCAACCCAGCCUCAUCUGUGGUUGGCAACCAGGGAGACCCCUUCAGAAAGGUCUUCAUGCCCCUCAUCUAUCUGCUGAUGUUUGUGUUGGGGACUCUGGGCAAUGCUCUAGUCCUGGUCAUUUUAGAGAGGUUCAAGCGGUCUCGUACCACCACAGAAAACUUCCUUUUCCACCUCACCCUGGCCAACCUGGCACUGUUGUUCACCUUCCCAUUCAGUGUGGUGGAGAGCUUGGCUGGGUGGGUAUUUGGGAAGUUCCUCUGUAAGAUACUCAGUGCUGUCCACAAGAUCAAUUUCUACUGCAGUAGCAUGCUGCUGGGGUGCAUCGCGGUGGAUCGUUACCUGGCCAUCGUCUAUGCAAUCCACACCUACCGCAAACGCAGAGCUCGCUCCAUCCACCUCACCUGCACGGCUGUCUGGCUCUGCUCACUGCUUCUGACUUUACCCGAUCUCAUCUUCAUGGAAGUCUGGACAGAUGACAGCAACCGCAGCAUUUGCUAUUUUCCAGAGGUUGGGAUUGAUGGAAACAAUGCAUGGCUGGCAACUCGCUUCCUCUACCACACCGUGGGCUUCUUUGUGCCCCUGCUGGUCAUGUGUUACUGCUACAUGGCCAUCAUCCGGGCGCUGUGUCAGUCCCAGCGCCUGCAGAGGCAAAAAGCUGUCCGUGUGGCCAUCCUGGUCACAGGCAUCUUCCUCCUGUGCUGGAGCCCAUACCACAUCGUCAUCUUCCUGAACACACUUACCAAGCUAGAAGCCUUCACCAAGAACUGCCAUCUGGAAGACCAACUGGACACAGCCAUCAUGGUGACAGAGGCCAUCGGUUUCACACACUGCUGCCUCAACCCCAUCCUCUACGCUUUUAUUGGGGUCAAGUUCCGUAAUGACUUCUUCCGGAUCCUGCAGGAGCUUGGCUGCAUAAGCCAGGAGACCCUGCAGGAGAUCCUGGAGGUGACAAGGAAGGGUAGUGGGAUAGACUCUGACAACACCACCUCCAUCUCCACUUUCUAGUUGGGAAGGGCUGCCUACAGGGCAGAACUGGGUUUUUCCUUCCCCGUGGCACACUUGCUGUGGUCUCAGUUACAAGUUUCACAAGCAUCCCCACAACUUUCUUCACUCCUCAGGAAACAGGUCCAAUAGCCACCAAACACCCAAAUCCUAUCAGACACCUUGCUUGGCUCUUCCUGGUUCUCAAACUUGUAGAGAUCCCUCUGGCAGCUGUUGGUGAAUGCUGAUGUCUGAUGGUCGCUCUUGUGGAGCUGAAUGAAGAUGGUCACUCAAGUGGGUUGAACCUGACAUUCCCACCUCUCCCUUGAAAACCGGACUGCAGGCAUCAUGUGCACAAAGCCAGGCACAGGACUGGGGUGCCAGGGUUAAGGAAAAAUGUGCAGCCAAGUAAAUGAGUCAUGUCAGUAAGCAGGUCUCCAUUUCACUAGCUAAGUUGGUACACACGUGCUCAAGGGAAGCCGUGGAACUCAGUGGCCAUCGCAACUGGAGAGAUGCAGUAGGAUUGAUGGGGGCUGCAAAGCUCAAUCCAACAGCAUGGGCAAACAGUGCUGGACAUUCUUUGACUGUAACAUCGUCCUCCUGCUGCAUAAUAUCCCCCCAGCCUGCCACAACAUGUUCAUCUUCCCAACACAGCUCAUGCCAGGAGGUCCUCCCACAGACUGAAAGAUUUCACUGUCACAGACUCCUUUCCUACACCAGUUGCAUCCUUCCCCACUCAUUUGAUCUGUUUUACUGCUGUUACGAUCUCCUGUGAGUGGCUGCUCAACUAAAUGCCUGACUAUGCAAAAGUUUUCCUUUAAGGAGGAACACCAUCUGAGGAGAUGGCUUCUGUCUUGUGAGCGCACACAGGGGAGAGAAACCACACAGCCUUGUAAAGCUGAUGGUAUAACUUUUUCUUUUUUUUGGCAGCUAGUUGUAUGGCUAUUUAUGGGUUCUGAGAGCAGAGACCCACUGCCCCAGAGUAAGGGAAAGUCUCCUUUGCUUUUAGAAGGCUAGAGGAAAUGUGGCAUUUUGCUUUGCACUGUGCUUUCUGUUAGUUUUCCUCCACCUGCACCUACAGGGCUUUCAGAGAUUAACUGCAUCCAGGUCUACAGAGAACAGACCUGGGUGGUGAUCUUGGCCUAAACUGCAAGUAUGCAGAAACUGCUCAGAUCAGGGCAGCUUGAUGAUAAUUUGCUUCAAAGUAAGAGCAGUAGCUUUCCCCAUCAUUAAUUCUUGCACCACAAACUGGUGUGUGGGGAAGCCCCAGCAGAUCAAGACAGCUUGCUGCUGCCCACGAGGUCUUGUCACAGUUUAACAUGGCAGCAGGCCCACAACACUGCUCCAUGACAUUUCUGUUCCUAAAGAGUGCUGUGGCUAGAACUCUAGGAGAGCCAUACAUACCAAUGUCACCCUCCUCACAUGCACACUUUAAAAUCUCCUCUACCCUUCACCUCACAUUUGAAGCAAUGUUGAAACAAUGUUAGUUCUCCUGUGGCAGCAGGAAUUUUGUGCUAACCUCACUUCUGAAGUUCAUCCCACUAGCAGGCACCUCAGUUCCAGGUGAACUUCACCGUACUCAAGGGCCCUGCUAUAAAGACCGGCCAUUAUGGAAGGGGCCACAUAACCUCAGCCUGACUCAGGCAGAGAUCUCAAUAGCUUGAUCUCACAUUGUGACUUGAGGAGAAAACUCACCUAGUGUAAGGCAGUCCUCCAUUUCCUGCAGCACUGCAUCUUCAAAGAUGAAACUUUCAAGUAAUGGCAACUGUGCUUGUUCAGGCACAUACAUGCAGCAGAGAAGGACAAGUCUCUUAAGCCUGCACUUGUGUUCUCCACGGUUUUACCAAUGAGAAAAUCCAUUGCAGAAGCAUUGUAAACACCUCCCCAGCAGGUUAUGGUGACAACUGUGUUUCUACAUGAAAAUGUUAUUGAAAAAAAUAAUAAUCAAAGUAUUCAAUAAUAAUCAAAAUUCUUACAGUGGUCACAAAGUAAAAAGAAAAUCUGCACUCAAAUGAGAGUGAACAGACUACACAUCUAUUGUUACUAUAGCUUUUAGCACUGGUGUGUACAAACCUUUAGGAAGUUCUGAGGUAAGCUGUAAUAAACAGGUGAAUAAAACACCAUCUUCUCAUAUGUAGUGCUUGUAAGCAUUUGUCUGUAACUGUGUCACUUUAUUCAAGGAAGAUGCAUCAGAGAGGUCUAAGUGGGCAGAUGGCACCUUUCUGACAAGCUCUGCUCAAAGGGCUUAGAGGAGCACCUUGCUCAGAUUCCCCUUCACCAGUGCCACAGAAGGCUCUGCUGUGUUCAGAGUCAGUCCAGACCUGUAUUACCUCUCUGCUUUACAGAGCCUCUUCCACUAACUGCAGCACCUCCUGCCCCAGUUUUACAGCAGCUGCUAACCUGACUGGAAAACUGCCCUUACACCUUAUAUUUGGCCCAGACAGCCUGGGAAUGGCUUGGCUCAGAGCUGGCACACCUUCCCCAAAGAGUUGCUAUUGUUCCUCCCACAGCUGCCUGCAGCCAGCCAGCUGAAUAAGAAGAUAGCAAGAGGAACUUUCCUUCACUGCAGAAGAAGCUCUGCUUUCCACUCAGCAAAAUCCUUGCUAUCUCCUUGUGACAGCUUUGCAUGGCUGUCACAACACCUUUCCCCAGAGUGGGCUUCCCUGCUAAGAACUCACACUGCCAAAGCCACCCCUGCAGCCUUCGGGCAGACCUUCAUCCUGCCCAAUGUAACUCUG